AUGACGGCCUACGACUAUUACUCGACAUUGGAGUCGCUAACCGAUGGCUUGGGGAUCAAUCCACCGGACCGUCACUCCAUCUUUUUGCGAAUUUCUCGCCAGUAUCGACACCUGAGGCGUGAUGGGAACUGGGCCGGGCGAGCUCGCCCUCAAAUGUCCCGCUUGUCCGCGGCCAGGUCCACCUAUCCGAAUGAUGGGAAGAUGCUCCUCCAGGAGACCAAUGCUUGUGCAUCAUAUCAUGUUCAUUGCCAUGAAUGCCUGCUUCCGCCUCAACGACCAAACGAGCUUCGAGACCCUGGUCUUGGAACGGCAGGAGCGGUCUUGCGGCUCUGGACCGUGCAAAUUCCAAGUUCUCCCGAGGCUAUAGUGUUACUGGUGUUGGUAUGGGGGGUUUGCGCAAGGGACGAAUUCGUGCUUCCUAAUGGUGUAGGUGAUUUGCAAGCGGGCGAGCGCUACAGCAACCUGGACUGCAUCUUCGCUUCCUUCAUGCGCCGCUUGAACUCCAGACUCCCCAAGUUAAUCUCCUACGACAUCGGCAAAAUGCACAUCAAAGGUCACUUGAUCCAGUGCCAAAUCCUGUUUUCUCUACUUUACAUUCUCGGUUCGGGCAAGCACACCGCGUCUGUGGACCUGGCGCUCGAUGGGAUCAACUCGACGACUUGGAACUGGAUGAAGACCCUUGGACCGGCGCUGUUAUUACUGGACAUGGCAGCGGAAGAGUGGGCGAAGCAAGAACAAGACAUUGACUUUAGGCGACAACUUCGUGCCCAAUCUCUCUGA